AUGUCGGACGGUCCGAUGCGCAUCACAGAUGACGAGCUCGCUCGUGAAGUCGAAGCGCUCAAAUCUCAUCGCAGGCUUUCCGUCAAUAGACCGGUCCUCGAUCCAGACCUCCCGGAUCUCGCAGCUGCCUAUGGAGGUGGCCAGGAGCUCCUGUCCGUCCCAUCGCCCGAGCGAGAAAGGCGCGGCUACAGCCUGGUCGACGACGGAGCUGUUCCAAUACGCAGUCCUUCCUCGUCCUCCUCCACCUCGUCUCUCUCCCCGGCAAAGAGCUACACCAACGAACGCGCUCGAUUCACCGCCCGCCGCAGAGGUCAAGGCUCUGAUCACUCGUCCGGUUCUGAGCACCUCGUGCCUUCACCAACACGUCUUUCGCCUGUGGCUCUCUCACCCAGCUCCGAUGCCUUUGACGGCAGGAACCUCGCCACAUCGCCCACCAGCAUCACCCCGACCAGCCCGCAGUCACCCAAGGAUCCCAGCCAUCUCUUCUGGGUUCCAGCGUCCGUCCAUCCGGAGAUCUCGCCCUCCGACUUUCGCAACUUCAUCAAGGAGCACGCCGCCCGUGCUGUCACUCAGCACCAAGGUCUAGAUGAUGUAUCCGCCGACAACGACAUCCUGUCGCCUUUGACCGUCGGCGACUCGCCCAUCGCACAGCGCCUCAAUUCUGUCCGUCGUCAACAGCAGCAGACCGAUCGCCAGCAUGCCUCCCACGACGCUAGAGGCGCACUCAUCGGUCGCGCCACGUCCAUAUCGCGACGCGCCAGCACGCUUCGACGUCAAUAUCGUCCCGAAAACGAUACCGACGACACCGAUGACGACAAGGCACCGCGCCCGCUCGAGCGCAAUCGUAGCGCUUUGAGCAGAGGCACCUACGGCCUUGCGAUACCCAACCUCACCAUCGACGACUUGCAAAAGCUCGAAGAGGCCGCAGAGCAGGCCAGCCAGAGCCAGGAUCCCGCCAUGCUUCGCAGCGUCCUCCGUCGAACCCUCAGUCUCAACACCACUCCCGACUUGGACACCAUCGAUGCCAUGCCUGUCGAGCCCGUCGAGGAUCCGGAUGCGCCCAUCAUCGUCCCCAAGCCUGGUCAGAUCUUGCGACGAGCUGCAAGGACAAAGAUGCGCAAGGCAUCCGGAGACUCGACUCGCGGAAGUUUGGCGUCAAGGCGACGGGCCCCGCGCAGCUCUACCGAUGCCGACGCCUCCACGCCUUCCGAGGGCAGCCGCGCGUGGGAGUUGCAGCGGCAGAGCAGCACCGAAGAGAUGGAGAGACGUCACAGCGGCCAGUCGGAGGUCUCUUCUGGUGCCGACGACGAUUCCUCCGCCGGCGACACCUCGUCGCGACCUGUAUCGACCGAGGCCGCCGACUCGAUCGUCGAUGCCUACUCGCGCGAUUCGUAUCAAUCCGACAUCUCGCAAAGGACCAGUUUCACCUCUGUCGUCGACAGCACGGGCUCAGAUGCAAGCGCUAGCGCUGGUGCUAUCAGCAAUGCUCUUGGACGAGCCGAACUGAACCGCUCCUCUUCGCCGCCUCUGACGCCUACGCAAGAAUCGGUCGCCACUCUGUCCUCUGUUCAGCCGUAUCCACCACGCCAGGAUGCAACGCGCACCCCGGAUGCGCUCGAGACGCCUCGAUCCGACCACAUCAAGCCCAUUCCAGUAUCGCACCGUCCGCCCGUGCCAUCAUUCGAAAAGACGCUGCCUCACCAGCAACAACAGAAACAGGCUGCCCGGUCAACGAGCUCCACUGCCGUCGCGGAAUCGCAACGUCGCGACGACCAGCCUGCUCCGCCUUCCAGACCCCAGAUCGCGCCCAUCAUUACCAACCAACAGCAGCAGGCACCACAACGGCCCCCACAGCCAGUGCCGCCGCUCAUGUCUUCGCCGCCUCCGUUCGUGCCCAGCACCAAACAAAAGGAAAAGGAGCGCAAAGGUGCAUUCGGUCUUUCAUGGUUUGGACUCGGCAAAGACGACGAGGACGAUCGGGCCAAGGUGGAAAAGGAGUCGCAGAGGAAGAAGGACAAGCACGAGAAGCGCGAACGCAAGGAGCGCGAACGAGAGGAAAAGGAAAGGGAAGAGAGCAGCUCGUCGAGCUUCCUCGGAGCGCUCUUUGGCAAGAAGAAGGGUCACGACGAAUCCUCCCACCACAUGGGUCCUCGUCCCAUGAACGGGCAGCUGACUGCCGGCAGCUUGUUGGAGCGCAGCGAGAUGGGCACAUACGGCAAGGGCAAUUACUCGUACGCGCGCUACCCUAUCCACAUCGAGCGAGCCGUUUACCGUCUUAGCCACAUCAAACUGGCCAAUCCGCGUCGCCCGCUGUACGAGCAGGUGCUCAUCUCGAACCUCAUGUUCUGGUAUCUGAGCAUCAUCAAUCGAUCCAACCAGGGCCAGUCCGGUGCUCAGCAGCAAGGCCAGAUGCAGCCGGGCGUCGGCAACAGCGCGGCUCAGGUGACUGAGCAGAGCGGUCUCAACAUGCAAGGAUCGGCAGGUGCUGGAGCGAACGGGUAUGCGAAUGCCGCGUCUCCGCACGCUGACACUGCGAGCGCGUACGAUGGCAUGGAGGUAUCUAGCAGCCCCGAGUCGGAAGAUCAGCCGAGCGCAGAGCAGCGGAAUGGGCUUCAAGGAGGCGGAGGAGGAAAUGGUGCUGUACCCAAACAGAAGCGCAACGGGCUGGUCAAGCCGAAUCGCGCACCGGCCGGUGCUCGCGGCGGUCGUACAGCAGAGAUGCCCAUGAAGCAGCCCGGAUACGGCAUGCAGCAUCGACAGAUUGACGACGAUCUCAAAACGAUGGGCUCGCACUCUGGUCAACUGGGCGGCGGCUCGAGCGGCUUUGUUGUUGGACAAGUGGUCGACGUCAAGGCGCUUCAGGCCAAUACUCCGUACCGGCUGGUGGCCGAUCCACGUACCGGCGAUGCCGCUGCUCAACACGACCAGCCAAGGUCGGCGACCACAGACUAUUUGGGGCUCGGCAACCAGUUUGAGUCCUCGGAGCCUCUGUGGCCGGGUAACCCGGAAGUUGACGGGGAGUCGGCGAGGUCACCGCAAUCGCAUGCAGGGCGACCCGGUAGUGCCGGUCCCGAUGGAACGCAACAGGCCGCCGAGGAGUAUCAGAGGGGCUCGCAGCGCAAGCAUAGCUCCAGCGGCAGUCGACCAUAUCGCUCGGAAGCCGAGAAGGAGCGUGCGUGGCUGGGGAUGCGGAACAACUCUGGGCGAGCAUCGCCUACUCAUGGCUACGGGUCUAUCUCCCAGCAGCAGCAGCAGCAGCAGCAUCAAAGCUUGCCUGGCGGUGCAGAGAGUUACGUGCACGACACGCAGCGGCGUUCUGAACGUGCCGGCGCAGAGAGUCACCCGCAAGGCCGCAGCAUGUCUGUCGGAGGUAUUGGAGCCAUGAAUCGGACGGGAGACUGGGGCAGCGGAGGUAGCAACAGCAACGGCAGCAGUGGAAGCAGCGGAUCGUCUCGCCCUGUCGAUCGAUCGCGCAAAACCUCGAUGGAUCACAUGAGCGCUUCUGCAUCGAGUCAGGGAUUGGUGUCGUCCACUUCCGCCAGCUCGUCAUCGUCGUUUGGCAUCAUCGACGAAAAUGCAGGAGGUAAGGCGUACGGCGGCAUGACGUCGUCCUCCAGCACCUCGGCUCUGGACUACGCCGGUGGUGCGCACAGGGAGUUCGAAAGGCCGCACACGUCACAGAUCAAUCUGCCCAUCGCACCGGGGUCGAGUGCUAUGCUGGACGCCGCUCGCACGAGCCAAUCUCGACGCAGGUGA